AGUUAACCUUAUCUUCCCCUACCACACAAAAAACACCAUCAUCAGUAUCACUGUCUGUUCUCAAAACCCACUCUAAACCCUUCCUUCUCACCAAUCCAAUGAUUCGCCAUUCAACUCUCCAAAUGCAAAUCCCUCUCACCAAUUCCCCCUUCAAACCCCCUCAAAUUUUCCCAUUUCAUAACCCAAAACAAUUUUCACUCCAAACCCACAUCCCCAAUUCCCUUAAAGGCUCUGGUUAUUUAUCAGAAAUCACCAAAGCAAUUGAUUAUGAAGAACAGUACCGUGUUGCAAAGUCACAGGUUAAUCGUAAAGGUUUGAACUUAGAAGGUUAUUCAAUUGAAGGGGUUUCAAUUGGUGGACAUGAAACUUGUAUUAUUAUUCCUGAAUUUAAGUGUGCUUUUGAUAUUGGUAGAUGCCCCACAAGAGCUAUUCAUCAGAAUUUUGUUUUUAUUACUCAUGCUCAUCUUGAUCAUAUUGGAGGGCUACCAAUGUAUGUAGGAACCCGUGGUUUAUACAAUUUGAAACCUCCAACAGUAUUUGUACCUCCAUGCAUCAAAGACGAUGUUCAGAAGCUGCUCGAUGUCCACGAGACAUUAGGCCAAGUUGAACUUAAUUGUGAAUUGGUUGCUUUGGAUGUCGGGGAGACAUACGAAAUACGGAAUGACCUUGUUGUUCGACCAUUCAAAACACAACAUGUUAUACCGAGCCAGGGUUAUGUAGUCUACUCAAUUAGGAAAAAGCUGAGGAAACAAUACAGUCACAUGAAUGGGAAACAAAUUGAGAAAAUAAAAAAGUCGGGUGUUGAGAUUACAGACACUAUAUUAUCGCCUGAGGUGGCCUUCACUGGGGAUACAACAUCGGAUUUUAUGCUUGAUCCACUUAAUGCUGAUGCAUUGAGAGCUAAAGUUCUUAUAACUGAGGCAACUUUCCUAGAUGAUUCAACCAGCGUAGAGCAUGCACGCCAACAUGGUCAUACACAUAUAUCUGAGCUUAUUGAAAAUGCUCAGUGGAUUCGCAACAAAACAGUUCUAUUGACUCAUUUUUCAUCAAGAUACAAUAUAGAGGAUAUUCAUCAAGCUGUAGCAAAAUUGCAGUCCAAGCUAUCAGCAAAAGUGGUUCCUCUUACAGAAGGCUUCAAGUCAUUGUACUCUUAGGUGUUCAAAGUCAACAUAAAUUGUACUAUUAUUUGUAUAUCAAUGAUCACUUAGAGAUCCUAAAAUGUGGGUUUUAUCAGUCAUAUUAGCUUCUAUGCUAGGGAUCUUGUAAACUAAUUUGACUUAGCAGGUUAGGCGGUUCAGGCCUACUAGUAGCCAUGGAUUCAAAAAAAAAUUCCGUGCAGUUACUGAUCUGUGCAGUUAUAAUUGGUAGUAAUUUGUUAUGUGAAAUAAAUUAUGUCUCAAGGUAGCAGGGUUAGCUUGGUAAAGUAUUUAUCAUAUUUUAGUUUUGGUUGAAAUUUGUCAUAUACUAUAUUAGUCUUUUUUAGCUGUUUGACUAUUUCUCCUGCAAGGAAAAUAAUACUUGUUGUCUUGUUCUAA